AUGCCGCCCGCCACACAGCACAGCAUGUUCACCACCGGCCCAGGAACCUGCCUUCCCUGCGCCAGCCAGGGUGCUGAACUGUUCAGGGAUAUGGCCAUCAUUUCCUCCCAGGAAGAAUGGGAGUGCCCAGAGCUGCCUCAGCGUUUGUACAAGGAUGUGAUGCUGGAGACCUACAGGAACCUGAUUUCAUUGGGCCUUACAAUCUUCAAGCCUGAUGUGAUCUUCCUGGAGCAAGGCAGGAUGCCCUGGACAGAGGAAUGGGCAGCCACAGGAGGCCUGGGCCCAGUGUUGGAGUUGGGCUGUGGUAUCAAAGUCUCAUUUCCAAAGCAUCCUAUUUGUGCAGUUGCUCUGCCCCAGUGGGACAUAAUGGAAAGCCUUACGAGUUUCAGCGUGGAGUUCCCACAUUUCCAGGAUGACUGGGAAUGCUGAAGCCCAUGUGAAAGCCAGCCAGGAAAUCCAGACAGACCUUUCAGCCAGAUAGCACCCAGACAUGAAGAUUUGCCUGCUUUUACCCCACCAGCAACCCUUGCUUUUUGUCUGAAAACUCACAUUGGAGGAAAACCUUCUGGAUACAGCGAAUUCAGGAAAGACUUCUGGGGAGAGGAGUUCCUCCUGGAUCCUCAAGGAAUUCAUUGUGGUAGAAAACCCUGUAAGUGCAAGGAAUGUGGGAAAGCCUUUAAGCACAGCUCGUGAUUAAUUCAGCAUGAGAACAUCCACUCUGUCAAGAAGCCCUGUGAAUGUAAGGAGUGUGACAAAGCCUUCAAUUCUGGCUUGGACUUUGUACAUCACCCACAAGUUCACACUGGGGAGAAGCUCUACGUGUGGACAUCAUGUGCCAAGGCCUUCAGCUGCAGCUCACAGUUGCUGAAGCACUGGUGGAUUCACACGGGGGAGAAGCCCUAUGUGUGCAUGGCAUGUGCCAAAGCCUUCAACCACAUCUCACACCUGCAGGUGCACCGGUGGGUUCACACCGAAGAGAAGCCCUACAAGUGCCAGGAGUGUGGGAAGACCUUCGCUCCCCGGUCCCAGCUGAUGAAGCACCAGACUGUACCCAUAGGCAAGAAACCUCACGAGGGCAGGGAGUGCAGGAAGGCUUUCAGCCAGGGCUCCAUGUUCAUCCAACACUAG